CCUGUUCUUCCAUUUUGUUCGCUGCUCCCAGAUCUGAAAUCGUUGAUCAACAUGUUGUGUCCAGAGUGCAAAGCCGUGUUCAACCAACCCGUGACACUAGUCCAGAAACAGUGGCAGCUGGAUCGCUGGGAGGGGCAGUUCGAAUACGACAUCACUCUCUCUAGACUGGAAGGGAAAGCGGCUCGCUGCUAUGGCUGUCGCGGGAUCCUUCGGCAGUUGAUCAAACACCGCACCCGUGAAAUGCCAGCAACUGCACCCUUGCAGAUCUCAUACAUCCUGGCUGCGCAGACUGAUAAGCAGAACGGCGGCACCUAUUUGUGGAAUGGGGCAGUCUCGGAGGGGAAGAAGCUUGGGGUGCAGGUCAUGCAUUUCGAGAACGUGUCAGAUGCAGUACAAGAAAACAAGGUUACGAGCACCAACACCGGUUCCAUGGCAGCUCUGGGAUUCUUCAAAGGCUGUCUGAACGAAUGCCGCGCAAAGCACUCAACAUGUACUUCAGCUAUGUCCAGUACACAGCCAUGGUACCCUACUCGACUCAUCCACGUCCAACAACACAGCGUGAAACUUGUCGAGUCUAUCCAAGGCGGACUUUCCGGACCAUACGCGAGCCUGAGUCAUUGCUGGGGAGGGGCCAAAAUACUGAAGCUGGAGAAGCAGACACUUUCUCAGUUCAAGGACGACAUUCCCUUCCACCAACUUCCGCAAACAUUCCAAGACGCAAUUGAAGUUGCAAGGUGUCUUGACAUCAACUAUAUUUGGAUCGACUCCUUGUGCAUCAUCCAAGACUCGGAUGAGGAUUGGCAACGUGAAGCAGUAACGAUGCUCAAGGUCUACAAGCAUGCGCUUUGCAACAUCGCGGCCACUCGGUCAGCAAAUAGCUUUGGGGGGCUAUUUACUGACAGAGAUCCAGCUGUGCUAACCUCAGAUAUACUGGAUAUCGAUAACGGGGCCUUGAAGGGCCGGUUCCGCCUCAUUGAUGAGGACUAUUUCACGCAGCAGAUUGAUGAUGCACAGCUCAACCGGCGUGCCUGGGUGACCCAAGAGCGUCUACUCUCGACGCGAAUCAUUCAUUUCACAUCUGAUCAAGUCAUCUGGGAUUGUGCAGAACUCACAGCAUGCGAAUCGCUGCCCCGCGGAACAAGCGUUUGGCCUUCCUCCGCGAGGACACAAAUGAGGGUUGGAUGCAAGCAAGGCUCCCACUUCUUGACACCGCCCGACUCGGCCGACCAGGCCAUAAGUCAAUGGGCAAGAAUCGUCAACGCUUAUUCGGCUUGUGGCCUGACCCAGAUUGGUGACAAGCUGAUCGCGAUUUCCGGUGUCGCCGAACACCUACAGAACGAACUAGGGCUCGAAUACUGUGCGGGCCUGUGGCGACCCAGGAUGGAAAUACAACUCUCGUGGUUUGUCAACACGUUACAGCAGGGCAAAAGCCCUCGGAAUGAGCUUGCACCUUCGUGGUCCUGGGUGUCCAUCAACGGCUCAGUUGACACGCAACAAGUCGACGCAUAUGAAGGAUACGACAUCACCCCUCUUGCUUCCGUCACAGAAGUCAGCACGCGUCGGGAAGUUUACGAGCCCCGCGGCGAAAAGAUUGUUGGGUACCUGCGCAUGCGCUGCAGCCUCAAUCCUGUCACAGUACAAGGAAGCGAGCAAGAUUUUCACCUGGAAGGCAAAGGGAUGGAUCAUGCGAAGAAUGUCUGGGUCGACUCGGCAGAUGUAAUCGGCGCCGACCGGCUCUUCUUCGUACCGAUGUUCGACCUGCAAACACCACUCUCACUCGAAGACAAGUGGAAUCUCGCAUCCGAGAUUAGGGGCAUCCUUGUUCAGGCCGUGAGUGGGGAGCCGGGAACGUAUACGAGAUGCGGUCAUGCUUUUGUGGCUGCGUCGGUUCGCGAGGAUACCAAAGCUUUUGACCCAACGUACGACGCUCUCAAGUCGGCAGAAGCGAAUCCUGGGCUACCAUGCGAAGAAUACGACUCGAUUUCUGGGUAUGUUAUUAAGCUGGUAUAAGCACAGGAGAUAGUGUAAAGCAUCAAUAGUUGCCAUUUUGACGUAAGCUGUCUCAGAGAUACUGCCUUCUGAGAGUUUUAUGUUAUAUUGGUUGGUUAUUAAGAAA